UCCGGGCCGCCGUAGCGGGCGCGGGGCUCCGGCGGGGCGGGCGCAGGAAUGGAGGCGGCGGGCCCCUCGGCGGGCCCGCGGGGCGCCUGCGUGCUGAGCGGCCUCACGGAGGUGGUGGAGCGCGUGUUCAGCUUCCUGCCCGCCAAGGCGCUGCUGCGGGUGGCCAGCGUGUGCCGCCUGUGGAGCGAGUGUGCGCGCCGGGCGCUGCGGGCCCGCCGCCGCCUCACCUGGAUCUCCGCCAGCCGCCCCGCCGCCCGGGCCCUGGCGCACUGCCUGCUGCACGCCGCGGCCGAGGAGCUGGAGCGCGUCCACGUCCUGCCGCGCACGGUGCUCUACAUGGCCGACUCGGAGACGUUCAUCGGGCUGGAGGAGUGCCACGGCCACAAGAGAGCAAGGAAAAGGACAAGUAUGGAGACAGCCUUUGCGCUCGAGAAGCUAUUUCCAAAGCAGUGCGAAGUCCUUGGCAUCGUGACCCCAGGAAUCGUAGUGACCCCCAUGGGCUCCGCGGGCAGCCGGCCGCAGGAGGUGGAGAUCGGAGAGUCGGGCUUCGCGCUGCUGUUUCCGCACGUGGAAGGCAUCACCAUCCGGCCCUUCCACUUCAUUAAGGACCCCAAGAACUCGCCCCUGGAGAGGCAGCAGCUCAGCCAAGUGGGUAAGCCGGCCCGCGGCGGAGGGAGGGCGGCCCGGGGCGGGGCCGCUGGGAAGGCGGCCACCUGCCGCGCGCCGCUGAGCAGCCCGGGGGUAGCCUGGGGAGGGGGCCGGAAGUGCAGAGGCCGGAAGUGCGGGAGGCGGGACUUGAGGGAGGCCGCUGUGAGGAAGGCGGGACUUGGGGGAGGCCGCUGA